UAAUGAAUUGAGGAAUAAAAUUGAUGCAAAAAGCAUCAACUCUACAGUACUGUUAAGAUAUUAACAACACGAAUCUGUUUUCUAAAGAUAAACCAGAUGAGAUUUUAUGAUAACUCGUUCUCCUAUCAUAUGAUAGUCACGGAGCUGUUUUUUUUUCUGACAAAUAUAUAGCGGUGAAGAGUUCUCUAGCAAUUUUCUGUGAAAGACGGAUCAAUUGCAUCUGAAGACAUCAAGUUGUUUAUUCGGAGUUUACAUUUUAUAGAAAUGUUACAUUAAAUGAAAUACUUUCAGCAAAAUUUGCAACCAUUGUUACUGAUACCAACAGAUUCAACAGUAAAUGGGAAAAUGAGGAUUUAUAUUGUUUCUUAUUUAUUUCUGAUUACGAAUUCAGCUUUUGGUUUCACUCUAGAGCAAGUUAUGGAGAGAGUAGAUUAUAUUGAAGACAGAGUUAAUAAAGAGAGCAAAUUCAGAAGAGAUGGCUUUAAGACGCUCAUAAAUGAAAUAGGUUCCUUGAAAACAAUGCUUCAACAAGUAUUGGAGAAUAAAGUUGAAGUCAAAGAUACUGAGACUGUCCAGGACACUAAAAAUACUCGUUCAGAUCUAGAGCAAAAAGUUCUGUUGUUGACAAAUGCCUUUAUGAAAGAAAAAAUAUUGAACAAGCGGUUUCGGCGAGAAAUUCCAGAAUUACAAAGACAAGUUCAGGAUUUGAAAACAAGAUCUGACCAAAUUUUCACAGGUGUCGAAGACACACUAAGUGGAAUAGAAUUCAUUAAAAACCAGAACAGAGAAAGACAAGAAACUUUUAUUAUGCUUGAAGAUGAAAUACCUAAAAUAAAAGGAUAUUCAUUAAACUUGCUUGAACAAUUUGAAAAUACAGAAAUUACUGAAGCAGAAAAUUUUAGCAAAAUAAAGAAUGACACAAAAGAGAUAAAGAAAAACAUAGAACAUCUCAAAGACAGCCAAGAACUGUGUUUGGAAAAUAUAAACAUUAAUAACAAUUUGACAAAGAGACCGGAAGAACUUGUCAGUGGAAAGGUGUUUGUCAGUAAAGAGAACGAUUCAGUAACAACCGAUCACCUUGACAGGGAGUGCAACUGCUCGGUUUCAUCAUGUCCAGUAAAUAGCAAACCUGCUCCCGAUGACCCGAUGGCCUCUUACACGUCUUGUUUGGAAUUGUAUGACAGCGGGUUUAAAUCUAACGCUAUAUAUAAUAUAGAAAUUGAAAAGGAAAGAAACAUUUCUGUCUAUUGUGACAUGACUACUGACGGUGGAGGGUGGACAGUAUUUCAACGACGCCAAGAUGGCUCUGUCGACUUUGUCCGAGAUUGGAAUGAAUAUGAAACUGGAUUUGGCAACUUGAUUGGUGAAUUUUGGCUCGGAAACAAAUAUUUGAAUCUACUAACUGAUAAUGAUGAACCACAUGAACUGAGAAUCAAACUAGAAGAUCAUGACGGCAACCGUGCCUAUGCUAAAUACAGCAGUUUCAAGGUUGAGUCGAAGGGAACAAACUACAAACUAUACGUAAGUGGUUACACAGGAAAUGCUGGUGAUUCUCUAGCAAAAUCUGAUUCAACCUUUGGCCCCCAUGAUCAAAUGGAAUUCUCCACCAGAGAUCAAGAUAAUGACAAAACAUCUUCCAAUUGUGCUUCAAGGUGGAAAGGUGGAUGGUGGUUCAAUAAUUGUUUUGACUCGCAUUUAAAUGGUCUCUAUCAGAAGCAGUCAAAAUGCAAGACCGAAUGGAAGUGCAUUAUCUGGAAUACAUGGAAAGGUUCCAGAUACGCCCUGAAAUUCACUGAAAUGAAAUUUAGAUGAGAUAGUACCAGACACACCCAAAAAAUAGUUAACAAUGAGUUUCUUUAGUUGUAUUUAUUUCUCUUUUUGCACUUGUUUUUAUUUUUGUCGUUGGAUUAUGAUGUUUAUAGUGCUGAAAGGGUUGAAAGGAAACUUACAGCAAUAAGGGGAAGAACUUUUUCAGUCAAAGAGCGGACACUGACAAUUUUUGCAGUUUGAGGUAGUUCAUGACUAGAAGUCACUUCAAGAGGUUUUCUCUGUUUUUAGCCUCAGACGCCAUUAAAAGGGAUCAAGUGGAACCUUUUUAGCAGAUUUGAGAGAUAACCGUAAACGAACGCUACAGAACAAGGUUGCUGAAGGUCCAUCGUUAGUUCAUGGGAAAAAGUGUUGAACUUAAAUGGUCCCAGAAUCAUCACAGCAGUUUACCAUGAACCUUAGCUUCAUGUGAGCUAAAAUAUGUGUAUACCCAGAGUUUUACAUGAUUUCAUGUGCUGAAAACUUUAAUUGAUGGCGCCUGGAUAUUUUCAGAUUUGCAGACAGCGAAACACGGUUUUCCUAUUAUUGUAGAUAAGAUAAUGUUUGCGAUGGUUUCAUUUUUCUUCUAAUUUCUGCGGAUAUUCUAAACGCUGAUUUUUUUCUGAGAUUCAUGAAUAAAGCAACACGUGAAUUUGAAGCACGUGUGAACAUUAUUUAUCCCAAUAUUCGUGGAUAUAACACUCGUGAACUUUAUUUUUUGUUAAUAAUAUUGGAUAGAGCGACAUGCAAAUUCAAACCAUUCAUGAACGUUAAUUUUCCCGAUUUAAUUUUACGAUCUUUUUCUUAAUAUUCAAGGAUAGAGCAACACCCGAAUUCAAAACUCAUGUGAACGUUAUUUUUCCUGAUAUUCGUGGAUGGAGCGACAACCAGUUCCAAACAAUCAUGAACAUUAGUAAGCAUUAUCGCUAGACUAUUCAUAAUGCAAAUACGUCUAUUGUUUAACAAAGGUUGUUAAUCAGCUUUUGGUCAAAUAACCGAAACAAGUCAUUUGAAACUUUUACAUCUUAUCAUUUACACUUAUUUCGUUCAAAUUGAAUUGUGCUUUAUACAAUAGUUCACAAAAUAAUUUAUCUUGAAAUUGCAAUACCUUUAUUACUUCCCUUUUCAAUUAAGGCCUAAAAGAAAGUUUCCGGUAUCCCUACCUACCCUAAGUUUUUGGCCCGACCCUAAAUGUUUUUAUGGCCUUGGAGAAAUUGUUUUUUAACUUUUUAACAAAAAGUUGCAAAACUGCACUUUUUAUGCUUUAAACAUGGUCAGUGAUGUUAGAAAUCAACUGCCUGAUGCUCUAAGGGCAUAACCCCAACAUUUGUAUUCAUUUUGUGACACAAACGUAAUUUCUCAAAAGUCCCAUUUAAUAAUAAUAAUACCGACCUGCCUACCCUGAAUUUUUAGCAUGUUACCGGUGUAACAGCCCAGCUUUUCCCCCAGUCAGUUUUUCCUAGUUUUUGUGCAUAAUCAAGGGAGAAAAAACCAACCGGUUGGAUCCCCCCCCCCCGCACCCCCGCCCCAGUUUUUGUACAAAACAACGGAGAAAAAACAACCGGUUGGUUUUUUCUCCCCCUGGUUGUUUUCCCCCUAGUUUGUGUGCAUAAACAAGGUAUAAACAAGGAAGAAAAAAACAACCGGUUGGUCCCCCCCCCCCCCACACACACACACUGGUUGUUUUCUUCCCCUAGUUUUUGUGCAUUUACAAGGUAUUAAAAAACAACCAAUUGGUUUUUUCUCCCCCUAGUUGUUUUUUUUUCUCCCUAGUUUUUGUGCAUAAACAAGGGAGAAAAAAACAAUCAAUUGGUUUUUUCUCACCCCUGGUUGAUUUUUUUCCCUAAUAACUAAGUUUUUGUGCAUAAACGAGGGAAAAAAAACAAACAACUGGUCCCCCCACCCCCUCUAGCAAGUAUGUGUGAAUAAUAGACGGUGAAUGGGGAAGAAACUGACUUGUUCGUUCUUUCCCCCUAAUAUGUAUGUGCCUGCAUGUGUGCAUAAUAGGCGAUGAAGGGAGGGGGUGGGGGGGGGGGGACUGACUGGUUGGUUCUUUCUCCCUUAGUUUGUAUGUAUGUACAUGUGUGAAUACUAGGCACUAAAGGGGGAAGAAAAUGACAGGUUGGUUCUCUCCACCUUAGUAUGUAUGACUGUAUCUACAUGUGUGAUUAAUGUACAGUAAAGGGGGAAGAAACUGACUAGUUGGUUCUUUCCCCUAGUAUGUAUGUAUCUACAUGAUUGUGUGAAUAAUAGGCGGUGAAGGGGAAAGAAACUGACUGGUUGGUUCUUUCUCCCCUAGUAUGUACAAGUGUAUGUGCCUACAUGUGUGAAUAAUAGACGGUGAAGGGAGAAGAAACUGACUGGUUGGUUCUUUCCCCCUAAUGUGUUCUUCUUUCUCCCUUGUUGAUGCACAAAAACUAGUGGGGAAAAACAAACUACAAACUUAAUCAUACAUAAAACAGAACAUUUUGCAUCAAUAGAUGACGACCCCUUUUGUACAUGGGUAUAGUAGGUCACAUUUCAAGACUACAGUGCCUCAGCCAUCAAACUAACAUCAUAUUUACAUUGACCUUGAAAUUCGUUUCUUAUCAACCGAAUAACUGAAGAAUGUUUGCACCAGAGACUUUAACACUAAAGGAUCAUUUUCUUUGGUUAUAUAUGAGCCUUAUCGGAUGUGGGCCUUAAGGUCAAAGAUCAAGGUCACAUACAAAGACCUUGAGAUAAUAAAGCGUUUCAAAUCGUUAACUAUAGAAAUGCUUAGGCCUAGUGCCAUCAAACUUAUAGCAUGAUUGUCUUUGCUUAUUAGAUGAACACUAUCCUUUUCAGGGUCAAAUGUUUAAUAGUCAAGGUCACAGCAGACUGUAGACGAUUCACUGCCCAGUUACCUCUGACUGACAUUAAUGGGGGCAUAUUCUGUUCCAUCAUGUUUUCAAUCAGACUUUAGCAGGCACUUCUUACUUAGUAAAGUUAAAUUAUAUUCUUCAGGUAGAUACAUGUAUAACCCCUUGACAUUACAGCUAAAUAUUUUCAUCAAUAGGAAUGUAUUUCAAGCAUACAGUGACUGUUCCCAGUACAGAAAGAAAACCAAAUAACUACCAAAAUAUUUUUCUGACAUUUUAAUACAAAUAAACCUUCAUAAAAGUUUUUCUUUUCAAAUAAUAAUUACCAAGAGCAGUGAAAUUAUAUAGCAGGCUGUUAUGAUUUCUGUUUGUAGAAAUGUGUAAAAAUUCAAGCUCCUUUGUUAUUGAAAGUGUUUAUUCAUGAAUGAUAAAUUACUGUGUAACUGACUUUAACCUUAGUGAAGGUUUUAAUACACAUCAAAUAAAUUGUUAACAAUU